CUGGUCAUCCUUGGGCCCUGGGCCGGGACGGGGGGCGGUUUCAACCCGUGGCAGCCCGUAGGCCCCACCGAGACCCCACCUCUGAUGGCCCGGACCCCCUUUCCCCCCCAGCCCUGCUUCUCCGUAAGGGCCGCGCUCCUCCCCCCGCGGCUCCACAUUGGCGGGCGGGCCAUGGGGCAGGAUCAGACCAAGCAGCAGAUCGAGAAGGGGCUUCAGUUGUACCAGUCGAACCGGACGGAGAAGGCUCUGCAGGUGUGGACGAAGGUGCUGGAGAAGAGCACGGACCCCUUGGGCAGGUUCCGGGUGCUGGGCUGCCUGGUCACCGCCCACUCGGAGAUGGGCCGCUACAAAGAUAUGCUGAAGUUCGCAGUGGUCCAGAUCGACACGGCCCGGGAGCUGGAGGACCCCGACUACCUCACGGAGAGUUACCUGAACCUGGCGCGCAGCAACGAGAAGCUCUGCGAGUUCCAGAAGACCAUCUCCUACUGUAAGACCUGCCUCACCAUGCAGGGCCCGCGGGCCAGCCUGCCGCUCAACGGGCAGGUCAGCCUCAGCAUGGGCAAUGCCUACCUGGGCCUCAGCCUCUUUCAGAAGGCCCUGGAGUGCUUCGAGAAGGCCCUGCGCUACGCCCACAACAAUGACGACAAGAUGCUGGAGUGCCGAGUCUGCUGCAGCCUGGGCAACUUCUACUCUCAGGUCAAGGACUUCGAAAAGGCCCUGUUCUUUCCCUGCAAAGCCGCCGAGCUGGUGAAUGACUACGGCAAGGGUUGGAGCCUCAAAUACCGGGCCAUGAGCCAGUAUCACAUGGCGGUGGCCUAUCGCAAGUUGGGGCACCUGGGCGACGCCAUGGAGUGCUGUGAGGAGUCCAUGAAGAUCGCCCUCCAGCACGGGGACCGGCCCCUCCAAGCUCUCUGUCUGCUGUGCUUCGCCGACAUCCACCGCAGCCGUCGGGAUCUGGAGAUGGCCUUCCCCCGCUACGACUCCUCCAUGAGCAUCAUGACUGAGAUCGGGAAUCGCCUGGGGCGGGUACAGGUGCUGCUAGGGGUGGCUAAGUGCUGGGUGACCCAGAAAGACCUGGAGAAGGCUCUGGAUGCCAUCGAGAAGGCCCAGGAUCUAGCCGAAGGGCUGGGGAACAAGCUGAGCCAGCUGAAGCUGCACUGCCUGAGCGAGGGCAUCUACCGCAGCAAGGGACAACAGCGGGAGCUGCGGGCUCACGUGGUCCGCUUCCACGAGUGCGUGGAAGAGACGGAGCUGUACUGCGGGCUGUGCGGGGAAUCCAUCGGGGAGAGGAACAGCCGGCUGCAGGCUCUGCCCUGCUCACAUUUCUUCCACCUCAAAUGCCUCCAGAACAAAGGACCCCGCGGCUGCCCCAACUGUCGGCGCUCCUCUGUGAAGCCAGGCUUCGUGUGAGCGAGGGGCAUCCCUGCCACCCGUUGCCGCCCCCAGCCACCCCCCCAUUCCCCAUCUUCCGGCCCUCGCCAUCCCUGGGGUUCGGCUGCUCUGACCGUCUCUCCCCUCAGAGGCCCACGCUUUGCUGCAAGCGAGCUCAUUCCUGGGCCUGUUCCCAUCUCCUUGGCCCUGUGUUUAGGGGCUGUAGUUCGGCUUUCCCCCAGACAGAUCUCUUCUCGAAUUCCAAUGGUUGGAGGUGUUUUAGAAGUGGCCAAGGGGAGACAAAUCAGCUUCUCCUUCUGCCAGCCUCUCCUGGUUUCCACCUCUCUAGAAGCUCCUUCUCCUAAUUGUCCUCUCUUCCCACCCACUCCCUUGUUGUCAUGUUAUGUCCCUGCUACCAAGCCUCUUUUCCCGCUUAACCUAAUGUUCCUCCGCCUUCCCCGACAGUGGCCUGAACUUCCCCCAUGCCCCCCAACCCUGUCCACCGUGGCAUCUUGAGGUGCCUUGGCCUCCACUUACCUCAACUCCUCGGGGCCUGAGAUUCCUUGGGGCAAAGCUGACCAAACUGGGCUUGGGAUUGCCAUCUUCCCCGAAACAGGGGCUGCCCUCUGCCCAGACCCCACAGCCCCCACCCAAGAAGAAUUAUAAUAAUGACCGCGGCAUUUGUGAGGGGCUUACUAUGCG